CUUGUAUAAUAACUUAUAAUAAAAACCCAUCACUCACAAAUUAGGGUUUGUUCUCCCAUUUCAACUCACCAGCCGCUCUUCUUCAUUUGCUGCUGCCACCCAAUUUCUGAGAGGAAAAAUGGCACCAAAGGACAAGAAACCACAUGUUUCUAGGAACCCAGAUUUGAUUAGAGGUGUCGGAAAAUACUCGCGGUCCAAAAUGUAUCACAAACGUGGUUUGUGGGCCAUUAAGGCCAAGAAUGGCGGUGUUUUUCCUAAACACGACAAGAAACCCGCCGCUCCUGUCGCCGCCGAGAAGCCGCCUAAGUUCUACCCUGCUGAUGAUGUUAAGAAGCCGUUUGUUAAUAAGCGUAAAGCCAGACCCACUAAGCUCAGGGCUAGCAUUACUCCAGGAACCGUGCUGAUUAUUUUGACUGGAAGGUUCAUGGGAAAGAGAGUUGUAUUCUUGAAACAGCUUACUUCUGGAUUAUUGCUCGUUACUGGCCCUUUUAAGAUCAAUGGUGUACCUUUGAGGAGGGUGAAUCAGGCAUACGUUAUUGCCACUUCAACUAAGGUCGAUAUCUCUGGGGUAAACGCUGAGAAGUUUGAUGACAAGUACUUUGCAAAGAAGGUUGAGAAGAAAAAGAAGAAAGGAGAGGGUGAGUUUUUUGAAGGAGAGACAGAGGAAAAGAACACACUCCCACAAGGUAAGAAAGAUGACCAAAAAACCGUAGAUGCAGCAUUGCUAAAAUGUAUUGAGGCUGUUCCAGACUUGAAAAGCUAUUUGGGUGCUAGAUUUUCACUCAAAGCAGGCAUGAAACCCCAUGAGCUUGUCUUCUAAAGGAAGCCUGAAGAACAAACUAUUACUAGAAUUAAUCUUGUUUCCGUAAUCAUGUCUCAUGUUAUCAUAUAGAUCUAGAAGAUGCACUGUUGGUUUUUGUUGAAUGACUAUUUUUCUAUCUGCUCCCAAGUACAAUGGAAUUUUGCAAAGGAUGUUUUAUUCA